AUGGCGGAAAAGACUCCUCUCAAGAUACUGGUUGCUGGCGGAGGCAUCGCCGGGCUCACAGCCGCUCUAGGGUUACGACACCAAGGGCAUCAAGUCACUGUUUUCGAGAGGUCCGAACUUGCCAAGGAGUUUGGUGCUGCCAUCCAUGUUGGCCCAAACUGCCACAGUCUGCUGAAGAAGUUGGGAAUUUUCCCAGAAGACUUGGGAGCCAAUCGAAUGGAAGCGAUUAUUCAGCACGAUGAGAACGGCAAGGUCCUAAGAGAGAUGGACCUUCGAAGCUCCAUGGAUAUAUGGGAAGAUCCCUGGGUUCUCUGCCAUCGGGUUGCAAUUCACGAGAAGUUGAAAGAGAAGGCAACAGGAACGGCUGGAACUGGCUUGCCUGUGACUUUGCGGUUAGCCAGUCCAGUGGUCAAUGUGGACCCUUCAACCGCUACAAUUUUCCUGGCAGACGGCUCGAAGCAUACCGGAGACCUUAUCAUAGGUACUGAUGGCGUGAGCUCUAUUACCCGCAAAUUUGUGGUCGGGCCAGAUAUCAAGCCAUUCCCUUAUGGUAAAAACAUGUUCCGAUUCAUGAUACCCCGAAAACAGAUCCAAGACAAUCCUGAAAUUGCACAUUUCGUGGAGAAGGACGGUUGUAUGCGAAGCUGGCGAAAUGAUGGUUGCACACUCAUCAUGUAUCCCUGCCAAAACAAUACUAUCAUGAACUUCGCUGGUAUACAUCCAAGCGACAUGUCCCCAGCAAAAGGAGAAGGUUGGGACCAGGAGGCAACUAAGGAAAAGCUGCUAGAAAUCUUUGGAACCUUCGGUUCCAAGAUCCAGGAACUGCUGAAAUUAGCUGACAGUACUACCCUGAGAGUGUGGUCAAUCUUAGAUAUGGAACGCAUCCCACGUUGGUAUAAUGAGCGACUAGUUCUCAUGGGCGAUUCUGCCCAUCCUUUCCAGCCCUUCCAAGGGCAAGGAGCAUGCAUUGCCGUCGAAGACGCCGUAUCUCUAGUUUGUCUACUGCCCCGGGAGACUACACCUGAGGAUCUCCUAGAUCGCCUUGCUUUGUAUCAAAAGAUCCGCGACGAGAGAGCUCACAAAGUGCAGCAAGCCACUCGAAUGUCUGGACGAGACUUGAGCGAGGAAGAAAGGAAAGCUUACGAUUGGACUAAUUCUAUAGCCUACAACUUUGGGCACAACGAGUGGCAUAACUCAACGCGGAUUCUCAAGGAACACCUCUGGAAACGCAACAAUGAACCCAGCGUCUGGGGCCCUUUCAGCUUUUCCUUUGGGCCUACUCCUCUGGCACCGGUAAUCACCAAGACCUUGAGAGUAAAAAGGUAUAUCAUACGUUUCAAGACCUCCGUCACAUUCAUAAAGACACUAUUCCCCCCAACUUCCUUCAACUUUGUGGCCCCUGGAACUGUCGCUCAGGUCAGCUACGAGGUCACAGAGGAACUCAGCGACGAUGGGAAGGUAUUGGACAGGAGCGUGGGACUCUGGCUGCACGGUGUUCAGUUCACGCGAAAAGAUGGUAGCAAAUCUGGUGGCUCGCUCUUGGUGGCUCUCUUGGCGUCUUCCACCAGUAGCUCAGCUGCAGCUAGCAGUGCCCCAGGCUUUCCUCGAUUAUAUGCUGAUAUUGAGAUCGCACGAGGAGAAGAUGGGCUCGUCCAAGUUCGAUGCAGCCAAGGCGGACAUAUCUUCUUACGUCUUACUUUACGGGGUAUCCCCUUCCUGCAGUCACCUGAGCCGAUCGAAGCUGAUGCAUUAGGUCAUGGUACAUCUGUCUUGAAGGAUAAGCUAUUCUAUUUUCAAAACAUGCCCCUGGUGGGAGAGUUGGAAGAGGCAGGCACAUCUUAUGCGGUAUUUGCCUUGGACAGAACAGCAAAGCUCACAGGGAACAUUUCGACUACAUCGAGGGGCGACUCUAUGAUCGAGUUUAUCUCCUUGGAUUGGGAGAGGCUGCCUACGGUCCAUCACGUUGCUUCUGGCCUGGCUGAAAUGCCUGUCUUCGAAGUGCUUGAAACAGGUGAGCAAGAAUUUGUGGAUGAAGGGGAUAUCAGAAAAGCUGAGAGGAUUUUAUAA